AUGGGAAUGGUGAGAUGGCUUCAACGGGUGUUUACCGAUGCAGAUCAAGCACGCACAGGGUACUUGGAUGAACACCAAAUAUUACGACUCAUACAAAGAAUAAAUCCCUAUUUGUCCGAACGUCACGUACGACAACAGUGGAAGGAAUGCGAUCGACGAUCUCGGGAAUUCAAGGGACGUCUCAACGUGACAGAUUUUAUCACAUUCUUUAAAAAACUCUCCACUCGUCAAGAAAUCUACCAUCUACUUGUUAGGUAUUCCAGUGGAUCCGAGUUGCUGACGCAAAACGAUCUACGACACUUUAUAGAAAGUGAACAAGGGCAAAUUGGCGUCAACACAGAAAAAUGCCUACGGUACAUUGAGGAUUUUGAGCCAUCCGAAGAAAACAGAGCUCUCGGACUGAUGGGGAUUGAUGGUUUCACUGCAUUUCUUCUCUCCCGCGAAUGUGAUGUUUUCGACUCCAGACACCUCGGCGUCUGCCAGGACAUGUCCCAACCAAUUACACACUAUUAUAUCGCGGCCUCGCAUAAAACGUAA